AGGUGAAGAAGACACGGAUUCAUUUCACACCAGACUACAUACCUUCGUUGACAUCGAUCGUUUAAGUUCAAUCUAUUCACUGCCACCGCCCCAAGUAUUAGCCCGAUUUGGAUAUGCAUAUACUCCAAAUGGAGACGUGCCUUUCCUGACUCAUGCAUGUGGAUUCAAAGUGUCUGCUGAAGUUUUCACAGUAGAUCGCCAUUGUCCUUAUUGUAGAAGAAUGCAAUAUCAAUUGGAAGGCGGGAUCAAUGAAGAAGAUUUCACCACUUCAAGUAUUCCUAGAUACGUUGAUAAAGAUCACCCCUGUCUAGUUCUACUAAGUCAAUCUAAUAGUCUCCCGUCAAACCCUGUUUACAUCGCUUUUAAAAAAAGGAUGGAGAGCUUCACUCUGUGGCCCCCCACGCACAUCCAUCAACCUGCUGAUCUGGCCGCUGCUGGAUUCUUUUAUGCUGGUUAUGCUGACUGUGUCCGAUGUUACCAGUGUGGACUGGGUCUAAAGUCAUGGAGACCUGGAGAUGACAUCCAUGAACAACAUAAAAAGUUUAGACCUUACUGCCCGUUUCUGAGAAUCAAAGAACAAGCUGCGCAUUCAUACUAGGAACGCUAAAACAGCUAAAACUACAUUCUAUACUUCAAUCAAUAUAUUAUUUUCUUAUGUAUUUCUACUUUUGGGCUAUAGGAAACGUAUAUCAACUAUUUAAACAACUAUUAAGAUACUUAUUUUUGUUUAUAAUAGGUAUAAUAUACAAAAAUUCUCACAACUUUUUAAUUAUUAAAAACAUAUCUCUAUAAGUUUAUGUUAAUAUGCAUAUUUAGGCAUACUAGACGGGUAUUUAUCUGCAAAUUCUGGCAUAUUAGACGGGUAUUUAGCUUAUAAUUCUGGCAUAUUAGACGUGUAUUUUAAUGCAAAUUCUGGCAAAUAGGACUGAAUCAAACAAUUUUUUAUAUAAUAUAUUAAACGAAACAGUCCCCUCUUACUUAUCAGACCUACUUUCUUUUAACACAAAAUUAAAUCGUCGUCUUAGUUUACCGAUCCCAUAUACAACUUUUUUUUUCCAAAAACAUAGCUUCGCCUACUCUGGUUCUAAUUUGUGGAACGAUCUUCAUAAUAAAAUAAAACUAUUUCUGAAAAUAAAUUCAAAACUAAACUAAAACAACAAUUAUUUAAUUACCUCUCUAACUGACUCCUUGCAACAUUUCUCAUUCAUCUAUUAUAUUCUUAUUUUAUUUCAUUUUGUAUAAUAACAAUGUAAUAUUAUUUCUUUAUUCCACAUUUUUAGUGCUAUGUUACUGCUAUGUCUUUACUACGCAAUUGCUUUUUUUACAUUCUCGUAUAUACGAAGUAGGCCUAUAGAGAAAGUCUUGUAAUCAUGCAACAACAAAAAAUCGAGAUUUUUACUUACAAAUCUCGACGUUUUACAUCUCACUGAUAAAGAAAAACAUAAUUUUGCAAUCUUGUCCGUAUGUCUGUGUCUCUGUAUGUGUGUGUGUCUGUCUGUCUGUGUGUAAACACGAUAACUUGAGUACCGUUACAGCUAGGUUAAUGACAUUUCAUAUAUAGGUAUUUUAUCAAAAUCGUAGAUCCUGUUCAACUUUUGAGCGAUUUCCGAUAACCGGAAGUGGUACUUUUUCUACUUUAAAUUUUUCAAAAGCCUAUAACUUGAGUACUAUUUCAGAUAGAUAAAUGAAAUUUCACACGUAAGUAAAAAAUCUAAUUUCUUACCUUCUGUCAAAUUUUGAGUAAUUUCCGUUGACCAGAAGUACUAAUUUACGCUAUUUCCGAUUUCUGAAAAAACGCAUGUAAAUUUAUAAAGUAAUAAUAAUAUUGCGCACUAUUAUGCACAUUUUGUUUUGGCGUUCGCUUGGUGAGCAAUUCUUUUUCUAUGAGAUUCUAUUCUAUUUUUACAAGCUUUUAUUUAACUCACUUCCUCUGUCUGUCUGUCUAGAUCGAAACGCCGGAGUGAAAAUUCGGACAGUUCUACUUGACCGAUACGAUUCACAGUUGGCACGUGGGUCAAGACAUGAAGACAAUGCAAUCUGAAACUAAAUUUGACUUAAUUGGAUGCCUAAUUAAUUUUUUAUGAAUUAAUUAAAAUUUGGACCGAAUUAGUAGGCAUGUCUAUCCAACCACACCACACGCGUCAUCACGUUCAAUAGCUGCGCCAUCAGGUUCAAUAGCUGCGAAAUGGUUUUUAGUCAUGUAACACUAUUGUAAAUAAAACAUGUAAAGUACUGAAAAAAAAUUCAUAAAAAACGUUUUAAUAACAAGCUUUUAUGUAC